ACAUAUGUUUAAAAUUGUUCUGGGAUGGACCGAGAUAAAUGUUACACUUUGCCCUUAUGAUUUGACGCGUUAAGGGGGAUUUUAAAGGUGAAAUCUGGCAAUUUUUCGAUGCACGUGGACAGGAGAACGUGUGGUCGGUAAAGAAAGACCGCUGAUCCAUGUGAAUAAAACGUCUUCAAAUGAACUAUAGGUCCCACCGAUUAUGCUGUAUAUAAGUUGUAGUUUCUUUGCUUUAUAGUCGCUAUUAUUCGUAAUGUAGAAGUCCACCAAUCGAGAUGUGUAAUAGACCGGUAUCGGUAUCUUAACAUGACUCAUAAUGAGUAACACCACAGUUCAUGGCAAGGUCUGGGCGGCUGUGACACAAGCUUUCAAAUUGCCAAUGGCUUUCAUAAGGCAGAUGAUAACGAAGCUGAUUAACCGAGUGUUGAUGAGCACGCUGCCAUCGCCGAAGAUGGCUGGUCAAGCGAUAGUUGACUGUAAUAGAAGAAAAAUGGUUGUCGGGCUGGGAAACCCUGGUAUGAGUGGCUCUCGACAUAGUGUUGGUAUGGCUGUGCUGACAACGUUAGCAGAACAUUUGGGAACACCAGACAGCUGGAGACCUGACCGAGAAGUCUCAGGAGAGGUUGUUGUAACACAGCUUCAAGACAUCCAGUUGGUUCUUCUUCGACCCAAGUUGCUCAUGAACAUCAAUGGUGUGAGUGUGGCAAAAGCAGCCAGCAAAUUUUUAAUUCCACCUGAACAUAUUCUCUUGAUUCAUGAUGAACUUGACAAGCCACUUGGGAAGUUCGGCAUUAAACAUGGUGGAAGUGCAAGGGGUCACAAUGGUGUGAGAUCAUGUGUGGACUGCCUUCAUACUGAUGUGAUGCCACGGUUGCGCAUUGGUAUUGGGCGACCGUCAGGUAAAACGCCUGUUGACCGUUACGUUUUGGGACGUUUUUCACAAGAGGAACAAAAUGUUCUAGACUCUGUCAUGAAGCAGAGUGUAGAUGUUCUGCUGACAUUUCUCACAGACUCGCAAUCCCAGACUUCUCCAGCAGAGGGAAGGAGAGCGUCACGCAAGAAUAAAGCAAGGACACUUUCACCGCCUCAGGACACCACAGAAGAGCACAAACAGAACUGACCUUCUGUUACUACACAUUAUAUAUUUUAUAACUGUUUCUCUGUUGUGAAGGAGCUCAGUUUGGUUAUAAUGCCAUGUUUUGAUCCCCAGCAAAGCUAAGGACAUGGAGGCCAAAACCAAAACUGACAUCAUUACCUACUAGUAAUUUUCUGAUAACUCUGUUCUGAAGGAGUUAAGCUUGUAAUGAUCGGCUACACAGAUUGUUAGAAUGCACUGUCUCUGCCAUCUUUUAAAGUUUCUUCAAAAUUGGGGUUUACAAACCCCUAGAGGUUCCUAAGGGAACAACAGAAGGUUUGUGGCACUGCUGUACUAAAUUAAAAAAAAAAUUAUAAUAUUGAAAAUAAAAGGUUUCUUAAAAUAUAA